AUGGCUCCUUUUUGGACAGCAGGAGCUUGGACACUAGUGGCAGCACUGGGUCUUCUUAGCUGCUGUAGCUUGACGUGGUGUGACGCCUCAAGGACUAGUGGUACAACCUCAGGAGAGAAAAAACAAGAACAAGGACCCUCAUCACUGGAACGAGUUAAGAGAGGAUGGGUGUGGAACCAGUUCUUUGUGGUGGAGGAGUAUACGGGCACAGAGCCACUAUAUGUAGGAAAGAUCCAUACAGACUCUGACGAAGGUGAGGGCAACAUCAAAUACACUAUCUCCGGAGAAGGAGCGGGUUCCAUCUUCAUCAUCGAUGAGCUUACAGGAGACAUACACGCCACAGAGAGACUGGACCGAGAAGAGAAGGCUUUUUACACUCUUCGAGCUCAGGCCCGGGACCGCCUCUCCAAUGACCCACUCGAACCAGAGUCAGAGUUUGUCAUCAAAGUCCAGGACAUCAACGACAGCGAGCCCAAGUUCUUGGAAGGUCCCUAUAUCGGCAGUGUGGCAGAGCUGUCACCAAUAGGAACGUCCGUCAUGAAGGUUACUGCAUCGGAUGCUGAUGACCCGACAUACGGCAGCAGUGCCAGAGUGGUAUACAGUGUACUGGAUGGAGAAAAGUUUUUCACUGUGGACAGACACACAGGAAUAAUUAUGACAGCAGUGGCGGAUUUGGACCGUGAGACACAGGAUCGCUACGAGUUGGUCGUCAAGGCAACAGACAUGGCAGGACAAAUGGGUGGUCUCUCUGGCUCCACCACGGUGACCAUAGUGAUCACAGACGUUAAUGACAACCCACCGCGCUUCCCACAGAAGAUGUACCAGUUUUCUGUGUCGGAGGGGGCUGCUCUGGGCACACCGGUUGGACGUGUCAUUGCCACAGAUGCAGAUAUGGGAGAGAACACGGACAUGAGCUAUCUGAUCAAAGAGGGAGGGGAGCUGUUCAAAGUCACGACCGAUGUGGAGACACAGGAAGCCGUUGUUUCCAUCAAGAAGCCACUGGACUUCGAAAGCAAGCGGACACACAAUGUUGUUGUAGAGGCAGUAAAUAAGCACGUUGACCCUCGCUUUGUGGACCUGGGCUCUUUUCGAGACCAGACCAUUGUCCGGGUGAGCGUAUCGGACAUAGACGAGCCGCCCAUCUUUCAGCCAGUGGAUGGCGCCAUCAUGGAGGUCCAGGAGGAUGCCAAAGUAGGGGCGCUGGUUGGCAUUGUCACUGCCAGGGAUCCAGAUGUGAAGAAUAAACCCGUUAGGUUCUCUAUCGAUCGGUCCACAGACCAGGAGAUGAUCUUCCAUAUUGAUCCUGAUUCGGGUGCCAUCACACUGGGAAAAAUUUUGGACCGAGAGACCGCAGGCUGGCACAAUAUCACUGUGAAGGCAGUAGAAGCAGAUAACCACACAAUGGCAUCCUACUCGGCAGUGAGUAUUCGGAUUCUGGAUGUAAACGACAAUCCUCCUGAGCUGGCCACACCGUAUGAAGCAUCUAUAUGUGAAGAUGCCAAGCCAGGCCAGUUAAUUCAUACCAUCAGUGUGGUAGACAGAGACGAGCCACAAUCCGGGCACCGCUUCUACUUCACCUUGGCCCCCGAAGCCUCCAACAAUCGACACUUCACCCUGUGGGAUGUCAAAGACAACACAGCUGGCAUCCGCACCCAGCGAUCAGGCUUCAACCGCCAUGAGCAGAACGUGUACUUCCUGCCGAUUCUAGUGGUCGACAGCGGGCCUCCCUCCCUCAGCUCCACAGGCACCCUGACCAUCCACGUCUGUGGCUGCGACCCAGAGGGAGCCAUCCAGUCCUGCAAUGCCACAGCCUAUGUGAUGAGUGCGGCUCUCAGCCCCGGGGCACUUAUAGCACUACUGGUCUGCAUGCUCAUCCUCAUAGUUCUUGUCUUGCUGAUCCUAACCCUAAAACGCCACAGGAAGGGCCAGAGGAUGGCAGAGGACGAGGAGGACAUGAGGGAUAACGUCAUCAAGUACAACGACGAGGGCGGAGGGGAGCAGGACACUCAGGCAUAUGACAUGAGCGCUUUGAGAAACCUCUAUGACUUCCCAGAGGCCAAGAGCUGUGACUCUGGCCCAGACAUCCGCUCCCUGCCACAGUGGAUACAAGCCAGCCGAGUGGGCGGCGGCGCAGAGGCGGCCGCCGCGGCAGCAACAGACUUCUCCCUUUUCAAAGGCUACAUCCGAAAGAAGGUGGAGCAGGCUGACGCUGACCUGUCGGUGCCGCCGUAUGACUCCUUCCAGACAUACGCCUUUGAAGGCACCAGUUCACCUGCACUUUCACUCAGCUCCAUCCACACAUUGUCCACCACCUCGGAGCAGGAUUUCUCCUACCUCAGCGACUGGGGACCACGCUUCAGGCAACUGGCAGGUUACUAUGCUCCAGGAAACCCUGAGGAGGAAGGGUCCUAG